ACGAAAUAAAUAAGAAAUAAAAAAUAUGUGGCUGUCUGAAAAAAGCUUAUCUUUCCAACUAACAUGUUUAGUGCAACGUAUUUAAACGCCACUUCCAGAAAACAAAACCGAAAACAGGGGAUAUUAUCUCAAAAACAGAGGGAGGAGCUAUGGCAGCCCUGAAACUGCCUCACUCUCCACGCCUAAUUCAUGGACGCCAAUCUCUCGUUCCUUUUCCUGCAUCCACCAUGUUAUUUCCAAAACCGCCUUCUUCGCCCCUUUCCAAUUACAGUUUUGCCACUUCAUCUGGCUUUCUUACAAGAACGUUGGCCCUUUUCUCUCCUGGCAUAGUGGUGUGUAAAAAUAAUUCUUUGAGAGGAGUUCGGGGCAAUCAGUCGAGAAUUAGAUCAGCAUCGGUACAGCGCGUAGCUGAGGAAUUGGUGGAGGAUCAAUCAAAGUAUUCUCUUGUCAGUGGGGACUCUAUUCGCCAGCGAUUUCUUGAUUUUUAUGCUUCUCGUGGUCACAAGAUUCUUCCUAGUGCUUCUCUUGUGCCAGAUGACCCAACAGUCCUACUAACAAUUGCAGGAAUGCUUCCUUUCAAGCCAAUAUUCCUUGGGAAGAUUCCUAGACAAGUACCUCGUGCUACUACUGCACAAAGGUGUAUACGCACAAACGAUGUGGAGAAUGUUGGCAGAACAGCAAGGCAUCAUACAUUUUUUGAAAUGCUAGGCAAUUUCUCCUUUGGUGAUUACUUUAAGAAGGAAGCAAUUCAAUGGUCAUGGGAGCUUUCCACCAAGGAAUUUCAGUUGGCACCUGAAAGAUUAUGGAUAAGUGUGUAUGAGGAUGAUGACGAAGCUUUUGAAAUAUGGCACAAGGAGGUGGGUGUUCCUGUUGACCAUAUAAAAAGAAUGGGUGCAGACGACAACUUUUGGAUGAGUGGUGCUACUGGUCCCUGCGGUCCAUGUUCUGAGAUUUAUUAUGAUUUUCAUCCAGAGAGGGGAACUGCUGAUGUGGAUCUCGGGGAUGAUACAAGAUUUAUAGAGUUCUACAAUCUUGUAUUCAUGGAAUACAAUAAAAAAGAUGAUGGAACACUUGAGCCCUUAAAGCAAAAGAACAUAGAUACUGGUCUUGGCUUGGAGCGUAUGGCCCGUAUUCUUCAAAAGGUUCCAAACAACUAUGAGACUGAUUUGAUUUACCCCAUUAUAGAAAAGGCAUCAGCACUGGCUAAUAUCUCAUAUCCUUUGGCAGAUGAGCAAACAAAAUUGAAAUUAAAGGUUGUAGGAGAUCAUCUAAGGGCAAUAGUGUAUCUCAUAUCGGAUGGUGUUUUGCCGUCAAAUAUUGGUAGAGGUUAUGUGGUUCGACGGCUUAUUAGAAGGGUUGUUCGAGCUGGCAGGUCCCUCGGUAUAAAGGGAGAAAGAAGAGAUAAUCUUGAAGGAGCAGUUUUACCUAUAAUUGCAGAAAAAGUAAUAGAAUUAAGCACCCAUAUUGAUCCGGAUGUCAAGAUUAAAGCGCCCCGUAUUCUUGAGGAACUGAAGAAGGAAGAGCUUAAUUUUGUGCAAACUCUAGAGAGAGGAGAAACUUUACUUGAAAAAAUGUUAGUGGAUGCAUCAUCAAAUGCCGAGAAAAGUGGGACUGUGCCUUGCUUGUCUGGAAAAGAUGCAUUUCUUUUGUAUGACACUUUUGGAUUUCCAGUGGAGUUAACCACAGAAAUUGCUGAAGAACAAGGCGUUACUGUAGAUAUGAAUGGUUUUGAUAUAGAGAUGGAAAAACAAAGGCGCCUGUCUCGAGUUGCACACAAUGUUGUUAAACUUGCAGUUGAAGAUGGUACUAAUCUUAUGAAUAAUAUAAACAAAACUGAAUUUGUAGGAUAUGAUACCCUUUCUACUCAAGCAGUAGUAGAAAGCCUAAUGGUGAAUGGGAGUCCUGUGAUACAGGUUUCUGAAGGAAAUGAUAUAGAGGUUUUGUUGAACAAAACACCAUUUUAUGCUGAAUCCGGUGGUCAAAUUGGAGAUCAUGGUUUUCUAUAUGUUACUGGAGGUGAAAAGCAACAAACAGCUGUUGUCGAGAUCAAGGAUGUUCAAAAAUCCUUAGGUGACUUAUUUAUUCAUAAAGGGACUAUCAAAGAGGGGGUUCUGGAAGUUGGCAGAGAAGUGGAAGCUGCCGUGGAUGCAAAACUGAGACAGCGGGCAAAGGUCCAUCAUACGGCUACUCAUUUGUUACAAGCCGCACUUAAGAAAUUAAUUAGCCAGGAAAUAUCACAAGCUGGUUCCUUAGUGGCUUUUGAUCGUCUCAGGUUUGAUUUCAACUAUGGUCAUGCCCUUACUGACGCUCAGCUUGAAGACAUUGAGCAACUGAUCAAUGGUUGGAUUGAGGCUUCAACAUCUCUUAAAACAAAAGUAAUGCCCCUUAACGAUGCGAAAGAAGCUGGUGCCAUCGCAAUGUUUGGAGAAAAAUAUGGCGAGCAGGUAAGAGUUGUGGAAGUUCCUGGUGUUUCCAUGGAACUUUGUGGUGGGACCCAUGUCAGCAAUACUUCUGAAAUACGGGUCUUCAAAAUAAUCUCCGAGCAAGGGAUUGCAUCUGGAGUCAGGCGUAUAGAAGCUGUUGCUGGUGAAGCAUUUAUUGAAUAUAUCAAUGUCAGGGAAUCACAAAUGAAGAAUCUAUGCUCCAUGCUCAAGGUGAAAGCUGAAGAAGUGACUACCAGGGUAGAAAAACUCUUAGAGGAGUUACGAAUGUCAAGAACUGAAGUUGCUAAUUUGCGUACAAAAGCAGCUGAAUAUAAAGCACUAAUGAUUUCAAACAAGGCAUUUGAAGUAGGAACUUCACAAAAGAUAAGGGUGCUAGUUGAGUCAUUGGAUGAUGUGGAUGCUGAUUCACUAAAAGCUGCUGCCGAGAAUUUAAUCGAUACACUGCAAGAUCCUGCAGCUGUAAUCUUAGGCUCCUGUCCAGAUGAAGGGAAAGUUAGUUUAGUUGCUGCCUUCACACCAGCCGUGGUUGAUCUUGGUAUACAGGCGGGGAAGUUUAUAGGCCCCAUAGCUAAACUGUGUGGUGGAGGAGGUGGUGGCAGACCAAAUUUUGCUCAAGCUGGUGGGAGGAAACCAGAGAAUCUUCCGAGUGCCCUUGAAAAGGCACGGGAAGAUAUCAUCUCAAUUCUAUCCCAAAAAACAAGCUGAAAUACUAACUUUUUACAUGGUCAAAUUACCUUCAAAAAGAUCAAAUGCUAGGAUUCUGUGUCGAUAAGUGCUUAAAUAUUUCAGAGGCCAAUGAGAAUGCCCUUGUAUAUGAUCAAUGGACUGGAAGGAAAAGACUGUACAGGUAAUUUUACAUUCUUUUUAAAGAUGAAUACCAUAGCCAAAAUUAAGUGUUUCAUAGGAGAA